CCUGCCUUCCCCGUCCUGCAGCGUCGGGGGCGCGCGCGCGCGGCCGCCCUCUCGGACACUGUUCCGAGCUGAGGUCCCCGCGGACUCCGCGUGUCCCGGCCUGUCGGCGCUCGGCCCGGCCCUGAGUAAACUAAUCCAGAAAACAUGGCUACUGCAAUUCGGGAAGUUGGAGUUUGGAGACAGACCAGAACACUCCUACUGAAGAAUUACCUCGUUAAAUGCAGGACUAAAAAAAGUAGCGUUCAGGAAAUUCUUUUUCCACUAUUUUUUUUAUUUUGGUUAGUAUUAAUAAGCAUGAUGCAUCCGAAUAAGAUCUAUGAAGAAGUGCCUGACAUGGAACUUAACCCCAUGGACAAAUCUGUCCUCUCUAACCUAGUUCUUGGAUUUACACCAGUGACUAAUAUUACAAGAGACAUCAUGCACAAGGUUUCUACCGAUCACCUUCCUAACGUCAUAAUUACCGAAGAAUAUACAAGUGAAAAAGAAUUGCUAGCAUCCAGUCUUUCUAAGCCCAGCAACUUUGUAGGUGUGGUUUUCAAAGACUUCAUGUCCUAUGAACUCCGUUUUUUUCCUGAUAUGAUUCCAGUGUCUUCUGUUUAUAUGGAUUCAAGAGCUGGCUGUUCAAAAUCAUGUGAGGCUGUUCAGUACUGGUCCUCAGGGUUCACAGUUUUACAGGCCUCGAUAGAUACUGCCAUUAUACAGCUGAAGACCAAUGUUUCUUUUUGGAAGAAGCUGGAGCCAACUAAGGCUGUCCUUAUGGGAGAAACUGCUGUUGUGGAAAUAGAUACCUUUCCCCGAGGAGUAAUUUUAAUAUACCUAGUUAUAGCAUUUUCACCUUUCGGAUACUUUUUGGCAAUUCAUAUCGUAGCAGAAAAAGAGAAGAAGUUAAAAGAGUUUUUAAAGAUAAUGGGACUGCAUGACACUGCCUUUUGGCUCUCCUGGGUCCUUCUGUAUACAAGUUUGAUUUUUCUCAUGUCCCUUCUCAUGGCAGUCAUUGCAACAGCUUCUUCUUUAUUUCCUCAAAGUAGCUGCUUUGUGAUAUUUCUUCUUUUUUUCCUGUAUGGCUUAUCAUCUGUAUUUUUUGCUUUAAUGCUGACGCCUCUUUUUAAAAAAUCAAAACAUGUGGGAAUAGUUGAAUUUUUAGUCACUGUGGCUCUUGGAUUUGUUGGCCUUUUGAUAGUCCUCGUGGAAAGUUUUCCCAAAUCUUUAGUGUGGCUUCUAAGUCCCUUCUGUCAGUGUACUUUUUUGAUUGGUAUUGCACAGGUCAUGCAUUUAGAAGAUUUUAAUGAAGGUGCUCUAUUUUCUAAUUUGACUGAAGGGCCGUAUCCUCUGAUUAUUACUAUUAUCAUGCUGGCCUUUAACAGCAUAUUCUAUGUCCUUCUGGCUGUCUAUCUUGAUCAAGUCAUUCCAGGAGAAUUUGGUUUACGGAGAUCAUCGUUUUUUUUUUUGAAGCCAUCAUAUUGGUCAAAGAGCAGAAGAAAUUAUAAGGAGUUAUCGGAGGGCAAUGUUAGUGGGAGUAUUAGUUUUAGUGAAACUGUUGAGCCUGUUUCUUCAGAAUUUAUAGGAAAAGAAGCCAUAAGAAUCAGUGGUAUUCAGAAGACAUACAGAAAGAAAGGUGAAAAUGUGGAGGCUUUGAGAAAUUUAUCCUUUGACAUAUAUGAGGGUCAGAUUACUGCGUUACUUGGCCACAGUGGAACAGGAAAGAGUACAUUGAUGAAUAUUCUUUGUGGACUGUGCCCACCUUCGGAUGGGUUUGCAUCUGUAUAUGGACACAGAGUCUCAGAAAUAGAUGAAAUGUUUGAAGCAAGAAAAAUGAUUGGCAUUUGUCCACAGUUAGAUAUACACUUUGAUGUCUUGACUGUAGAAGAAAAUUUAUCCAUUUUGGCUUCAAUCAAAGGAGUACCAGCCAAUAAUAUAAUACAAGAAGUGCAGAAGGUUUUACUGGAUUUAGACAUGCAGGCUAUCAAAGAUAAUCAGGCCAGAAAGUUAAGUGGUGGCCAGAAAAGAAAACUGUCUGUAGGAAUCGCUGUUCUUGGGGAUCCAAAGGUACUGUUGCUGGAUGAACCGACAGCUGGAAUGGACCCUUGUUCGCGUCAUAUUGUUUGGAAUCUUCUUAAAUACAGAAAAGCUAAUCGGGUGACAGUGUUUAGUACUCAUUUCAUGGAUGAAGCUGACAUUCUUGCUGAUCGGAAAGCUGUCAUAUCACAAGGAAUGUUAAAAUGUGUUGGUUCUUCAAUUUUUCUCAAAAGUAAAUGGGGGAUUGGCUACCGCCUGAGCAUGUAUAUUGACAGAUGCUGUGCCACGGACCCUCUCUCUUCUCUGGUUAAACAACAUAUACCUGCAGCUACUUUAUUGCAACAGAGUGACCAGCAGCUUGUGUAUAGCUUGCCUUUCAAGGACAUGGACAAAUUUUCGGGUUUAUUUGCUGCUCUAGACACUCAUUCAGAUUUGGGUGUUAUUUCUUAUGGUGUUUCCAUGACGACUUUGGAAGAUGUAUUCUUAAAGCUAGAAGUUGAAGCGGAAAUUGACCAAGCAGAUUAUAGUGUAUUUACUCAGCGGCCACCAGAGGAAGAAGUGCAUUCAAAACCCUUUGAUGAAAUGGAGCAGAGCUUGCUUAUUCUUUCUGAAACCAAGGCUUCUCUGGUGAGCACCAUGAGUGUUUGGAAACAGCAGGUGUUUAAAAUUGCAAAGUUUCACUUCCUUACCUUGAAACGUGAGAGCAAAUCAGUGAGAUCAGUGUUGCUUCUGCUUUUAAUUUUUUUCGCAGUUCAGAUUUUUAUGUUUCUGGUGCAUCACUCUUUUAAAAAUGCUGUUGUUCCUAUCAAACUUGUUCCAGACUUAUACUUCCUAAAGCCUGGAGAUAAAGCUCAUAAAUACAGAACAAGCCUGCUUCUUCAAAAUUCUACCGACUCAGAUAUCAGUGAUCUUCUUAGGUUUUUCACCACCCAGAACAUAAUGGUGACAAUGUUUAAUGACAGUGACUACGUGUCUGCCGCUCCGCACAGCGCAGCUUUAAAUGUGAUGCAGUCAGAAAAGGACUAUGUUUUUACUGCUGUUUUCAACGGUACUAUGGUUUAUUCUUUACCUGUAUUGAUGAAUAUCAUUAGCAACUACUAUCUUUAUCAUUCAAAUGUGACCGAAAGCAUCCAGAUCUGGAAUACCCCAUUCGUUCAAGGAAUUACAGACAUAGUUUUUAAAAUCGAGCUGUAUUUUCAAGCAGCUUUACUUGGGGUUAUUGUUACCGCGAUGCCACCUUACUUUGCCAUGGAGAAUGCAGAGAAUCAUAAGAUCAAAGCUUACACUCAACUUAAACUUUCGGGUCUUCUGCCUUCUGCAUACUGGAUUGGACAGGCUCUUGUUGACGUCCCCUUAUUCACUGUGGUUCUUACUUUGAUGUUAGGCAGUUUAUUUUCAUUUCAUCAUGGAUUAUAUUUUUAUGCUGUCAAGUUCCUUUCUGUGGUUUUUUGCCUUAUUGGUUAUGUUCCAUCAGUUAUUCUGUUUACCUAUAUUACUUCUUUCACUUUUAAAAACAUUGUAAAUACCAAAGAAUUUUGGUCAUUUAUCUAUUCUGUGACAGCAUUGGUUUGCAUUGCAGUCACCGAAAUAACUUAUUUUAUGGGAUAUACAGUUGCAGUUAUUCUUCAUUAUGCUUUGUGCAUAGCCGUUCCAAUCUAUCCGCUCCUAGGCUGCCUGAUUUGUUUCAUAAAGAUUUCUUGGAAGAAUAUGCAAAAGAAAGAGGACACCUACAACCCAUGGGAUCGUCUUUUGGUGGCUGUUAUAUCGCCUUACCUGCAGUGUGUGCUGUGGAUUUUCCUCUUACAGUACUACGAGAAAAAAUAUGGAGGCAGAUCAUUAAGAAAGGAUCCCUUUUUCAGGACCCUUACAACAAAGUCCAAAAGUAAGAAGUUUCCAGAACCACCAAACAAUGAGGAUGAAGAUGAAGAUGUCAGAGCUGAAAGGGUGAAGGUCAAAGAAUUGCUGAGCUGCCAGCGCCACGAGGAGAAGCCAGCCAUUAUGGUCAACAAUUUGCAUAAAGAAUAUGAAGACAAGAAAGAUUUUCUUCCUACAAGAAAAAUAAAGAAAGUGGCAAAUAAAUAUGUCUCCUUCUGUGUGAAAAAAGGAGAGAUCUUGGGACUAUUGGGUCCAAAUGGUGCAGGCAAAAGUACGAUUAUUAAUAUUGUGGUUGGUGAUAUAGAACCAACUUCAGGCCAGGUAUUUCUAAGAGACUAUUCUUCAGACCCAGCUGGAGAUGAUGAUUCCGUAAAGUGUAUGGGCUACUGUCCUCAGAUAAACCCACUGUGGCCGGAGAUUACAUUACAGGAACAUUUUGAAAUUUAUGGAGCUGUGAAAGGAAUGAGUGCCAGUGACAUGAAAGAGGUCAUAAUUCGAAUAACAAAUGCACUUGAUCUAAAAGAACAUCUCCAGGAAACGGUAAAGAAACUCCCUGCAGGAAUCAAGCGAAAGCUGUGUUUUGCUCUGAGUAUGCUGGGGAACCCUCCCGUUACUCUGCUAGACGAGCCAUCCACAGGUAUGGACCCUAAAGCCAAACAGCACAUGUGGAGAGCAAUUAGAGCUGCGUUUAAGAACAAAACGCGGGCAGCUAUCCUGGCCACUCAUUGCAUGGAGGAGGUGGAGGCUGUCUGUGACCGAGUGGCUAUCCUGGUGUCUGGGCAGCUAAGAUGUAUUGGGACAGUCCAACAUCUAAAGAGUAAAUUUGGAAAAGGAUACUUUUUGGAAAUCAAAUUAAAGGACUGGAUAGAAAACCUAGAAGUAGACCGUCUUCAAAGAGAAAUUCAGCAUAUUUUCCCAAAUGCAAGCCAUCAGGAAAGUUUUUCUUCUAUUUUGGCUUAUAAAAUUCCUAAGGAAGAUGUUCAGUCCCUUUCACAAUCUUUUUCUAAGCUGGAAGAAGCUAAACGUACUUUUGCCAUUGAAGAAUACAGCUUUUCUCAAGCGACAUUGGAACAGGUUUUUAUAGAACUCACUAAAGAACAAGAGGAAGAAGAUAAGACUUGUGGUACUUCGAACAGCACACUUUGGUGGGAAAGAACACAGGAAGACAGAGUAGUAUUUUGAAUUUGUGUUGCUCAGUCUGCUUACUGCAUUUCUUUCUUUUUCACUUUAUUUUAACUUCGGUUUAAACGUUUAUUGCUUGAACGGUAAUUGGAGAACCAUGAAAGCACGUGGGAUUUUCCUGACUUCGUUAAUUGAAAUGCUGUUGGUUGUGUGUUUUGCUUUUCUUCAAAUAAAACUUGUGUAUAAUGCAUUGAAACUGCACGUUUGUAUCUGAAGUAUACUGCACUGUAGUCUGUAUGUGAAGUUGAACAUGUACUUUUUCACUUUUCAGAAACAGUGCUUGUGAUUUUAUGAUUUGAAGAAAUAGUGAUAGAAUCAUCUUAUUUUGAACAGUUAUCUUUUAAGUUUAUACCAUCUUGUUACAUAAGUAUGUAAUACCCCAAUCUAAAUAAAAAACGAAUACAUAAAUAACACAUAGAACAGAGACAUAAAGCAAAAGUUUGCUUCUCCUUUUUAAUUUCUAAAAGAAACUGAAUGGAAGUUGGCAUCCUAAAAGCCUGAACACUGGACAGUCUCAGUGCACGUAGAGGUCUGCAGGAAGUGACAUUCACUGGGUGGCAUCAUCAGCCAGAAUAACUGGAAGGAGACCUCGUUCUGUUAGUGAUUUUAGACGCAAGUAACUCAGGUACGGUGCUCUCAUCACAGUUCUUUUGCUUACGGUAAAAUUCAGAGGUGUUUCCAUUAUUGUGGAAGACUAUGUGUAGAAUCUUAUUAUGUGAUAGUCUGAUUCUUUGACUGCUUGUGGCUAGAAUGACAGACAUCUAUAAAGCUACAAGAAUUAAGCCAUACCUCCACCCCUCGUGGAAGAUAGAAAUUUUUUUGUCAUCUUCCUUCCAAAGGACACAUUAUCUUUUAUUCUAGAAAUAAACUGUAUUAUUUGAAUAUCUCUCUCCCUUAUAGAGUUUUAACUGUAUCACCGUGUAGAUUUAUUUAGUUACUCAUCUCAGAUUCACUUUGGAAUGUGGUGGAAUGUAAAUAAGCUUUUGGGCCUUAAAUUAAGGAUAAGUAAACUAUACAUAAUUCUCUUUAAUAAGAAGCCAGAAUUUCACUCUCUGACAGAGUUGAAGUAAGAUUAUGGUUAAGACAGUCUUAGAAAUAUUUCCUUGUAGAGCCCACGUGUGGACUAUAGAUAUAAUAUAAUAUAAAUCCUACUAGUGGACAUGAUAUUUCAACCAGAUGAGUGAAAGUUAUUAACUUUGUGAAAACAAAUGUAUUAGGGGUGACGAGUCUGAAAACACAGCAGCCACAGCAGAAGGAUUUGGUACUGAGCUCCUCCAAAGAUCCAAACCCUUUGAUGAAGCUAUUAACUAACGUAGGUGAAACUCAAGUUUUCGCCGUCCCGUGUAAUAAGACAGCUGUGCUUUUAGGCUCUAGCAGCUGAUGUACAAUAGUGUACCUUUCUCAGCCUCGGUACAAGGUACAUGACUGAUACCUUCCUCUGUUGCUUUGGCCACAUUGCUAACAGUGCAGGUACGUUACGUGCCGUCUCAGAGGUCUGUCUUCUAACUAAUCUAAAUGAGCUGUUUUACACAGCCUCUGGUCGGAUUCCACAGCCUGCAGCGAAGUUACCUCUCCUCGUAGGAUUCAGUGGCCUAGUGCGUUUAAUCUUUUAUUAUCAGGGCACUUGCCUCAGGAUACCUACCUUUUGGUUCUUCACCUGAGAAUCUCGCUUUUCCAUCUUUAGUAAAAGUUGUAACUUUUACACUACAGUACUACACGAUGAAAACAAGUAGGAAACCUUGGAAAGAAAAUCUUUACCUUUGUAGAUAAAUUAGUAAAUAGCACAUUGUAUUUUCUAAGCAAGUCAUUGCUAACCAGUGCCGUAAAGAGAUAUCUUUUAGUGUCUGAUAUUCAUGUAAAUACCCAGGGUUUCUUUUUUUUGGGGGGGGGGUGUUUUUGUAGCUCUGCUGACCAAUCAUAAUCACGUUUCCUAUCUAUUAAGUUCAUUCAGUUACUUCACUAUUAUUGUGCCCUUGUAAGCAUUUUUUUUAAAAAGGACUUUUUUUUAAAGUUUUUACAUACUUAGAGUGAAUAUAUUUUGGUCAUGAAUUAAAUUAUUUUAAUUUAAUUAAAAUUAAAAUGUAGGAGUGUUCUGUUCCCAUUUUUUCACAGUAAGAGAAUUUUUUCUAUUCAGAAGUAUAAUUUAACUACUACUUAGGAAAACAAGGGUAAGUGGGGUGGGAAGAAAAGGACACAGCAGGUCAAAUAUGAAAUUUAUCUUUAUUGACAGUAUACAGUUCAAAAUGUCUUAAAUUAUAAUCUCAAAACGUUUUUUCUGUACCAGUACAAAUGAAUAUAAAUACAUAUAUUAGGAAAAAUUAGAAAAAGCCACAUCACCUGCCUUAUAUUUUCCACCCACCAUCAAAUCUUAAAAGUGAACACCCGGACUUCACAGAGCGACUGUGGUUCGUGACUAAUAAUGCAAACAUCUGUCUGCAGCGUCAGGAAUGAGCCCUGAAAAACACAAUGAUGAGCGUCCUUUACGUUUCUCUUUGUGAGCUCUUAAUCUUUCUUCCAGUUUGUUCUCAGUAAAAGGCCGUGGGUUUUCUUUAAAGCCUUUUUUUCCUUUAAAUUGGCCCAAACUAUCUAAAACCAAUAUUUUUAUCAUUAAAAUGUUUUUAGAGUAAUUUUAUUCAACAGGCAUCUUAGUGAUCAAGUUUCAAGCAAUGGGUUCUUUGGAUAGAACAAUAACUAUCCACUUUGGCCAUGUAAGAUCUUACAGUCUAGUAGAAAGAGGUUAGAUACUUAUGUACUUUAAUAUAAUAUGACAGAUGCUUUGCUAGUGGUAGUAACACUAUUUUAUUGGGGCACAAUUCUAUUUAGGGUAAGUGUUGUCAUGCUUUUAUUGUUCUGUUGGUCACACAACAUUUUCUUCUAAAUGUGCUCUGAAUUUGAGGAAAAAUCAUGCUGUAUUUUUAUGUAACAUAAAUACACAUUAAUUUUUUUCAGUAGAAAUGCUUACCCCUCAUGUAUUUUUAAUAUUCCUAACAUUGAUUUUUCAUUUUCUUUCCUGAAAGAACAUGUUACAUAAAAUGAAAGAAUCUAUUCUCAGGUGAAUAAUUUUUAUAUCAGCUAUUCUUAUAAGGUAAAAGUUUACUUAUUUUUCAUUCAUAAUGUGUUAUAUGUAAGUAAUUAUGCUGCCAUUUAAGAAAAAUAAAUAUGAUUAUGUUAUUAGUAAUAAGCUUUAAGAACUGAAAACUUAAGACAACCCUUCAUUUUGUAUGAAAUGGAUUCUUUGUUAUUUAGUGUCGAUGAACGAAUAAUGAGUGUCUCAUAUUAAAAAUGAAGAAAAAACCUGGCA